AAAUAUUUUAGGAAAAUCUACAGUGAACCCUUAUAUUAAAGCUUCCAACUUGCACCCUAGAGUGAAAAAGAUUGCAGCUUUUGCAUUCAAACAGUGAAAAUUGAGGCAUAUUUGAAGUGGGGUUUGGAUAGAAAAGGAUAAAGAUAGUUUCUCAGUCACCAAAGACAGCCGCCGGUGAAAGAAUUUCAUAAAACGAUAAGCUAAACAAUUAUCAGUGGUUUUGCAGAACUCUGCACUUGAAGUUUUGCUGCUUCCUGAGCUACUUUUGGUAUUGACACUCAGAAAGGCAUAAUGGCUGUUUGUGGUUCAAGGACUCAUAUUGGCCAUUUUGUUGGCAAUAUGACUGUUAGGCGCCUGCAGUGUAGUUUGUCAGUAAAGAGUUGUGCUGUUUCUUACAACAAAAGAGGCUUUCAAAAUGUUAGUAAAGCUAACAUCAGUUUGGGAAACAAAGGCAUGCUUUACCAAUAUUUCACAACUAAUUUUGCAAAGAGGAGGAGCGACCCCAAUCCACACAAAGGAUUUGGAUUGGAAGGUUUUUGCAAUUUAUCCCAAGAAUGUUUCUCUUCUGGAACUGCCUCUGCUUCUAAUGUGUCUUCUGAUAAUCCUAAGGGCACGGAACAAGUUGUAGAUGUUGUUGAUUCUUCUGAAGCAAAGAUCCCCUUGAAGCUAAACUCGGGAUCUUCUUACCUACCUCAUCCUGCUAAAGCAAAAACUGGCGGAGAGGAUGCUCAUUUUAUUUGUACCCUUACACCAGCAAUCGGUGUAGCUGAUGGUGUUGGUGGAUGGGCUGAUCUUGGUAUUGAUGCUGGACUAUAUGCCCGUGAAUUGAUGUCUCACUCCUUAGCUGCAAUUCAAGAUGAACCUAAAGGUUCCAUAGACCUAAUCAGGGCACUGGAGAAAGCUUACAUGAGAACAAAAGCAAAAGGCUCUUGUACGGCGUGUAUUGUUGCACUCAUUGAUGGGGGUCUUUAUGCAAUUAAUUUAGGAGAUAGCGGAUUUAUGUUGGUUAGAAAUGGAUGUGCUGCAUUUAAAUCCCCUUCACAACAGCAUGGGUUUAAUUUCCCAUAUCAACUAGAUUGCAAUAACGCCGGUGAUUCACCUAGCUCUGCCAUGGUCUUCAAAAUUACUGUUGUACCUGGAGAUGUCCUAAUUGUUGGUACAGAUGGGCUUUUUGAUAAUUUGUAUGAUGAAGAUAUCAGUGGAGUUGUAUUUCAGUCCGUGGAAGGUGGCUUAGGGCCUCAGAUAACUGGUCAGAGGAUAGCAGAGCUGGCACAACAAAGAGCAAUGGAUCAUACCAAGUCAUCACCUUUCUCUGAUGGAGCUCGCAAGGCUGGAUUUGAUUACCAUGGUGGGAAGCUGGACGACAUUACUGUAGUUGUUUCUUACAUAACAGAGUAAAAUCGAAAAUUCUUAACAUGCUGCAUUUGUCAGAGACAGUUGAAACAGGAUCAGCAGCUGGAGGAGAGUCAUACAAUAUAGCAAUCCAUAAAUCCGAGGCAUCGGUUAGAAUUUUGGCAUUUUGAUUUGUUUGUAUAAGAAAGACAAGAAUGAGAAGGGUACAGAAGCAUCUUGAUUCUAGCUUAGUUUGAUUCAAGUGUUUUACUUUAUGAAAUUCAAAUAGCAUAUUGGAAUCAUUAACAUUUAUUUGAGGAAGGAUUUUUUUUUGU